AAAUAUACAGUUUCCGAGGAUCACCGGAACGCACCAUGACACUGGUCGCUAGCUAGCUAGCUUGCUUUGCUAAUCUGAUUUAUCUUCUUGGUUGAGCGCACGUAGCUAGGAUCACUAAAUUGACUUCUGGAAAAAUUCUCUAGCUAACAUUUAACGCAACAUUUACGUGACAUAAUACAGCACAUCGAUUCAAGAAUGGCAUCGCUUGGGGAACCUGUGCGGCUGGAGAGAGAUAUUUCCCGUGCUAUUGAGCUGCUUGACAAGCUCCAGAGGACAGGGGAAGUGCCCCCACAGAAGCUGCAGGCACUGCAGCGGGUUCUACAGAGUGAAUUCUGUAAUGCCGUCAGAGAAGUAUAUGAACAUGUGUACGAAACCGUGGACAUUAACAGCAGCCCUGAGGUCAGGGCCAACGCCACGGCUAAGGCUACUGUGGCAGCUUUUGCAGCAAGUGAGGGACACUCCCAUCCUCGUGUCGUGGAACUUCCCAAGACAGAAGAAGGCCUGGGUUUCAAUAUAAUGGGAGGAAAGGAGCAAAACUCUCCUAUUUACAUCUCGAGGAUCAUCCCAGGGGGCAUCGCUGAUCGACAUGGUGGCCUAAAGAGAGGCGAUCAGCUUCUUUCUGUAAACGGGGUGAGUGUGGAAGGUGAACAUCAUGAGAAAGCUGUGGAACUCCUCAAGGCAGCUCAGGGCACAGUUAAGCUGGUAGUAAGGUACACCCCCAAAGUCCUAGAGGAGAUGGAGUCACGCUUUGAGAAAAUGAGGUCGGCAAAGCGCCGGCAACAGAACAGCUAUCCCCAGUAGUGUUUUCUCCGAAUUGAUGCCCAGCUCCCCAGUCUCUGCUCCUCUAGCCUCCUGGUCUCUUUAUUAUCUUCCCCCUAAAACCCUUAAUGAUACUGAACCAAAUUUAGCUUGUAGUCACAUAUGUUGUGCUUCUACCCUUUCCUGUAGCAUUUUUUAAAUCCACUAUUGUUACUGUGUCACGCUACAACUCAAGGAGAACACUAGACUGAUUGUGAUACUAAAUGUAGGUGGCCACUCACACCUCGUGCAUUAUUUUCAAAUUGACAUUUUGAAUGCAGUUCUGAGUACUUUUGAGACCAGCUACAAAAGUCCUUUGAUUGAGGAGGUAGUGUUUUUAAUUCUUUUAUCACAGCCACUACCAAGUGCCUCAGGGCAAAACAAGUUUAUCUUAUGUACUGUGUUCACAGUCCCUGUGUAUUUUCUUUCGUUCGUUCUUUUUUUUUUUUUUUUUUUUUUAAACCAUGACUUAAGAUCAAGUAAUUAAAUACUUGUGGCGGGAUUUACUACAUGCUUUGCAGCUGUUAUUCUCAAAGGUCAUUUGAUUUGAUACAAAUAAAUGUUAAAUACAUGUACAACCAUUUAUUUGUGCAGUGGACCCACUAACCCUCAAAAUAAAAUGACGUAUUUGUAUUUUAAUUGUUACUCAACAAGAAUUUUGAUAAUAAGGAAUGUUUUUAAAAAAGCCUUCAUGGUACUUUCACUUAAUCAGAGAUAGCUGGAUCUUUAAAAGUAAGGGAAGUCAUUUAAUCACUUCAGAAAAAAGGUAACAAUUUACCUUAGCAGACUUAAGUUUGGCCUGCCUUCUAAGCUGCCUGACAUCAUGCCAUGCUGUGCAGUCCACCUCACAAAAAGCUUACCAUGUACUGUGGGGUUUAAGUACUCUUGCAGGUAAGUGAUGUAUCGGGGACUCAGCCAUGCAUGCACUAGUUUCUUGCCACUGAAGAGACCCAAAUGUUUACAUUGAGCUUUUAAGAUGAUAUAACAGUGAGAAAUAAACCCUCAAUGGCAUGACAAGUUGGACAGGAGUCAGAACCUGUUGAACUGGUAAUUAAUUUGUCAUGGCCUAAAUAGGCAAUGUACCAUAUGGCAUGUUUUUCUUUGCUGGGUACUUUUCAGGAGGCUAGUUAACUACAUUGGUCCCUCAAACUAUGCAAAAAACUGCUUGCCAGCAUUGCUUGCAUAAGUCAUUGAUAGUACCAAUAGAAAAAAAAAGGACUAAAUUCAAAAUAUCAGACUCUUACAGCCACUACUAUGUCUGGAUGUCAUUACUGUUUGAUGAAUGAAAUGACAGGUGUGAAUCUCAAGUAAAUCUGGCCACUGUGUACAUACACAUUGUUAAAUACAUAAUAAAUCUGUUCUUAACUUUGAAUUAAGCUUUUAUAAGGUCCCCCUUUCUAACAUUUUGUUACAUGGUAUGUCUUAACAGUACUAAAAAGGGUUUUCUGUAUUUAAUGAAAUGUUCAUUUCAUUCUAACCUGUACAUCUCAUUAAUCAUUGAUCACUGAUUUCUGUAGAACUUGGGUGAAGGUUAAGCAUACAGAUAUUCAGGGACCGAGAUAAGGGGUUGCACUACAGUGCACUGCUGUAGAAAAAGCCUGGAAGAUUUGAACAACCUUUUCCCAUCAUGAUGGUUGUGAACUUUUCAAAGUUCGGUGUAGGACCAGACAUUUCAAUAAAUGCAAAGAGCAGUAAGUUGGAACUUUUUAUUUAAUAGAGUGUCACAAGACAGAUUUAUUACCGUAUUGUUACUGUGUUUCCCUUUAUUUUCAUCAACACUUGUUUUUGCACCUUUAAAGCAUUAAAGCCACAUCAUAUAUCAGACAGUGAUAAUGACAGACACAAUAUCACUCAAAGCUGCCAAACGGUUCUUUUUUUCUUUUUUUUUUUUUUCCUUUUUUCUUUUUUGAUAUGCAAUCUAAAGCAGGCUCUGCCCCAACCAAUGUCAGUAACCCACUUCUAUACUUAGGCUAUACUCGAAUGUCUAUAAAUACAGCACAUGUAAACAAACCUAUUAAGUUCAACAGUGUAUGUAAAGCCAUGUUUAGCUGUCACAUUGCCAUUCCUCAUAUCAAAGAGUUAUAGGUCAGAAAUAUUUUAAAUUGUGUCUUUGUUUUCUACCAAUAUCCUGGGAUAUUUAUGUAAAGAAAACCUUGGAGGUAGGAGAAAGUUUUUGAAAAGCUAAUUUGGUAACACUUUACAAAAGCUUUAUUUCAGAGUAUUAAUUAAGAUAUAUUCAUGUAGCACCUACUUAACACCCUCUGAUAGGUUAAAAUUGGAGAUACAACACCAUUUUAAUGAAGAACCAGGCAUGGUGUCGCAAAAUUAUUUUAAUGAAAGUGUGUUACAUGGUUGUAAGCACAUUAUCUAUCAGGGAGAGUGUUAAGUAUCUACAUACUUCAUUUCUGUGGACGCAGAAUAAUUUUACAUCAGGCCAUUGUUAAGUGUCACUUAUACCCAACCCUUACACCUGUGCUAAAUAUGGUACUACAAAAACACUGUAGCUGCGUUGGAGCUAUAAAUAUCUCUGCCUGUCAUGCACUAUUAAACAACGAAAAGAAGAUAUCAGAAACUCUGAAAAUAUGGCAGGUUGAUUUCAAAGUAAAUGAUAGUCUUUUACAAAUCCAAAGUCAUUCAGUGAAGGAACCAAUCUGUUGCUCAUUUUAAGAGUUUGUUCAUAUCAAUGUAUGUUGUUUCCAGUGGUGGCUGCAAUAGCAUGUAUGUGUGUGUUUAUAUAUAUAUAUAUCUAUAUAUGUAUAGCAUGCGUAAACUAGGCUUUAGUCAACCAAGCCAUAUUCUUGUUGAGUCUCAGGAUCAAUACAUCAUAUAACAGAGAGGAGGGCAGCACUGAGAUUGAAAAGAGAUAGUACUGAAUUAUUUAACUGUAGCAGAAAUUCUGCUGGGGGAUAAAGUAACAGAAACACAAAGUAUAUGAGUAUCAAAUACCUGACAGGAAGGAAGUCGGCCCACCUUUUGCCUUGAAACAGUUUCAGUCUUCCUUGGAAAGCUGUCAUGCAGGUCCUGAAGUUUGUGUAUCCGGAUAUAUGUUAUUUUCAAGAGGUAAAUUCCUGCAUCUUUAGGGGAUGAGCUAGGGUGAAAUUUCAAUUUAGUCCUGGCAUUCAUGAAACCACUCGCUCGUUAAGCUGGGUAUUCAGGCAAUCAUGGGGGAACAGAAAACUUUGCUCAGUGAGCUGUUCACACACACAGGUGAGCCAUAGCUUUUGUGGUGAUAGGUGACUUGUCGUGUUGUGUGUCUCUCUGUGUCACUGAGUUUUUAGUUUUCACUGGCAAGGCAAUGCUACUCUUUGCUGAUGCUCUUUUGUCUGUGUUUGGCAUAAGUUGCCAUCAUUAUCCAGAUUGUUCCAUUUGCUGGACUAAAUUUUGCGAGUUUUAUAACCAAGGCAAAAAAAUUCUAAAAUUCAAAGCACUGACUGUUUGGCCUGCAUUUUGAACUGUUGGUAUUUAAGUUAAUAGGAUUCAUGACGAGUGUCUCUGUUAUUUUGUCCACCCCCUCUAUGUCCCAAGUAAAUUUUACACAAGUAAAAUGAAUUGCCCAGUAAAUUAAUCAGUCAAAACUGGCAAAAGACUAGCAGGUAUUUUGAUACUUUGAUUAAAAAAUAAUUCACUUAGCCAUUUGAACAUUGCCCUCCCAAAAGAAUGAUACAUCACCAGCAGCAGACGGUUAUGUGUGGUUCAUAUUAAAUCAGCUGACAUUAAUCGCUGGUGAGGAGAUAAAUUGUGACUUACUUACCUAUACAGAGGAGCAAACAAACAAAAAAAAUACCCCGUGGCACUUGACUUUUGUUUCACAAUCAUUUAUAAAUCUAUUAACACUCUCCAUAGUGACUCCAUUAACUGUCUCCGUUGUGACUCAAAGUGUAAUGUUUCAUUUCAAGUCAGCUUUACCUACGGGCACAAGCACAGGCCGGCAUGCCAUGCAAGCCAGUUGAGGGUGUCAGAAGGUUUUAUGGUAUUAAUAUUAAUUUAAUCUUUUAAAUAUGUGAGAAAAAGCCAUGGUGUACUACAGUAUACAUCACGAGCAUGCACACCAGUUUUAUUAGCGUGUUUGCCCUCUGUUUUCCAUUAAUCUUACUGAAAAACGUUUAAUCUUUGGAACAAAAUAUAGAAAUAAGUAUAAAAACAAUACAUAAAAGAAUGCAAAUCAAAUAUCUAUGCAAGGUCAUUUUAAAAAAAGUUAAAAUUUCCCAUGAUUGUACAGAUUAUUGAUCAUUUUUACUGUAAGCAGUUUAACUGAACAGACACAUUAACACCAUGUGCAUAAAUAUGAAACGUUCAUACUGCUGUUUAACAAUUUUGGCACCUGGAGACAGUGGAGUCAAGUAGUAUGAUUACAUAUGUCCAAUUUCUAUAUUUUAAUCUCUAAUAUUUAAUAUUGAGCUGAUCGUCCAGAAGUAGACCCUGUUAUUGCUAACUCGGCUAUUCUAUUCCAGCUGAGACGUUUAUACGAGAUCAUUUUAUUUGCAGUAACAAUUUCCCAAAUGAAAUUAGCCCUAGUAAUUAAUAGAUUAUUGGGCUUUAUCUAGAAGAAUAGGCCUAUGUGAAAAAAUUUCAGGCUUGAAUAUUAGUAGAUUUACCACGUCAUAAGCUGCUUCCUCUAUAUUUUUCUUUAAUAGAAGACAUAAUUUAGCAUAAGUGUGUGUGUGUGUGUGUGUGUGUGUGUGUGUGUGUGUGCGUGCGUGCGUGCGUGCGUGCAUGUGUGUGUGGUGGUGGGGGGUUGUAUAAAAGGGAAAAUCUCUUAAUAUAUGUUUUGUUUUGUUUUUUGUUUUUGUUUUUUCUCACAAGUUGUAUGUUACCCUAAGUUAGCUACUUAGAUUCACUGAGGACAUGUGAAGCAGGACUCGGUGUAACUAAUGAAUAUGGUAUUGAUAGUGCUCAAGGCAUGCUCUCCACAGAAUGUCACUGACCAUUGUCUGACUUAAUGAUAGAUUUUGUGAAGUACCUCUUUCUACCCAUUAUUCUUGUUUAUAUAUAUAUGGGAAUGGUUAAUAUAGUAUUUUUAUAAUAGUUUUCUUUUGAUAUUUUCUCCCUUUUUAUAAGUGAUUUUCCUAAAAAAAAAAAAAAAAAAAUUCCAGUAAUGAUCGGUACUUCCACUUUGACUGUGCUCCAAGGCCAUAUAUGCCAAGCCUCUCAGAAAAGCAGCACCGGUAUAAGGCCCAGCUGGCCCAGAUCAGUGCUUCUCUUUUGAGAUACUUGAUGUAUAGGAACUGUAUUUUUUUCUUUUUUUUUUUUAAAUUUCUAUUUCCAAGACCAAUCUUGCAACAUUUGUGACAGUUUUGAUAACACUGAGUGUUUUACUGAUUGUUUCAGAUUAUUACUUGUAGGCUGUGUAUUAUUAUUAUUAUCAUUAAGUUUGUUGUCUUGUUUACUGUGUUACAUUGAUGUGGAAUGUAUAAUGUAGUGAUGUAUGUAAAACAAUUGGACUGGAAGCAAAAUACACUAUGCUUAAAAAUA